AUGGACGCGAGCACCGUCUUCUCAGUCGUUGCACGCAUCUCCGUGCAAUUGGCGCACGUGAUCUGGUUUCCCAUCAACAAACUCAUCAAUCUGAUCGUCAUCUUCUUGCUUCCAUUCUACAACGUCAUCACAUUCGUCCUGCUACCCUUCAUCCACCUCGGACAAUCAAUCAUCGGGGUGUUAUCGAUACCAUUUAGCGUCAAGUGGUUGGAGAGAAUAGAGACACUCUACGUCUACUUCGGAACAGCCAGCCUUAUAGGCUGCAUCACCGGCACCAUCAUCUUUGUCAUCUUCAGAUUCCUGUCAUCGACCCUCAAGAUCGAUGCACCCAUCGUGCCCAAGGAGCGUGAACAGGGAAGGACAGCCGCAGAGUAUAGGGCUGCGCGGCGUGUAAUGAGGGAGGAACCCAUCGACCAUUCACCGAGUGCGACGCCCGUGGUGUUGAAGAAGGUUGCUGGGCCUCGCAGGCGGGGUCUGCUCUCACAAGCCAUCAUCGAAGAGGAGGACUCUGACUUUUGACAUUGCCCAGUCUGGCUAGAUAGUAUUGUUGGGGACAGCCACUAGAGUAGAAUGACCAGAAUCUCUCCACUGUGAUUCCGAACUUAUGCUGGGACUUUGACGAUCCGUGCUCGAUGUGAGGCCUUUGCCCAGGUCCGGUCCAUCGGAAGUCUUCCCCCCAUCAUCUUUGUCUGCAUCGACCGACACCAGGUCCAAGAAUAGGUCCGACAUGGAAGGUUUCUUUCGCAUCGCGGGCUGCGCUACAGGCCGUGGAG